AUGGCCACUAACGGGCAGAACUUCUAUGAACUGUACCGACGGAGCAGCGUCGGAACCGCGUUGACAGAUACCCUCGACGAUCUUAUAACAGAGCACCGGAUAGAUCCCCAGCUUGCUAUGAAGAUCCUCGCGAACUUCGACCGCGCCAUUACCGAAGUACUGCAGGACAAGGUCAAGGCUCGUCUGAGCUUCAAGGGAAGCCUAGAUACUUACCGAUUCUGCGACGAAGUCUGGACUUUCCAGCUCAAGAACGUUACAUUCAAGAUGGAGAAUGGCGGACAGGUGGUCUCAGCAGACAAAGUUAAAAUAGUAUCUUGCACUGCGAAGCCGAAUGGCAAUGCUGCGUAG